AUGCCGUGCGCCAAGCGCCCUGCAUGGCAGCUCGGCUUCGACUCGGUCGCGACACGCGUCCCGCGCGCCCAAGUUUUCCAUUCCAACUCCAGCCGGUUGACCGGCCCCUCCUUACUUGAUACAUCACCCUUGACAAUGCCGUUGUAUUCGGUUGAGGUUGAUAAUUUCAAAUCUUACAAAGGUGUACAAACCAUUGGCCCGUUCAAGCAUUUCACUGCUGUCAUCGGUCCCAAUGGCGCUGGUAAAAGUAACUUGAUGGACGCAAUCUCCUUUGUCUUGGGAGUCCGAUCCGCUCAAUUACGUUCAACUCAGCUCAAAGAUCUGAUCUAUAAAGCCGGCGAACUGGAAGACUCAUCUACCCCCCAUGAGCAGCCCAAGAAAGCAUCUGUCACUGCUCAUUAUGUCGAUCACAAGAAUGGUCAACAGUAUCGGUUUUCUCGAACAAUCACCGUUUCUUCCGACAAGUCCGGCUCAUCAAUCUACACGAUUAACAAAAAAGUGGUUAAAUUGGAGGACUACAUAUCCACCCUUGAAUCCCACAACAUCCUUGUCAAAGCAAAAAACUUCCUAGUCUUUCAAGGUGACGUCGAGGCUAUCGCUAGUCAAAACCCCAAAUCUCUUAGCAAAUUGAUCGAUCAAAUCAGCGGCUCUUUGGAAUUAGCACCCGAAUAUGAGCGAAAGAAAGCGGCUUAUUUAGAGGCAUCAAAAAACUCAAACGAUACUAUUGCUCGUCGCAGGGUCAUCAAUGCAGAGAUUAAGGACUUCAAACAGCAAAAAACUGAAAUGGAAAAAUACGAUGAGCUUUGCGGCGAGCGAGAUGAAGCCAUAAUACAUCAUUUACUUUGGAAACUUUUUCAUAUCGAGUCUCGGAUAAACGAACAUUUAGAGUCUAUCGAAUCCAAGAAUGAAACCCUAGGCCCCAUGCGUACUGAAACGGCCGAGCUGGAGCGCGCGGUGGCCGCCGCUAGACGCGAAUACGCUCAAGUGACAAAAGAGGUCGCCAAAACGGAAAAUGAACUGAAAUCGAAAGAAAAGUACAAAGAAGAAGAGAAAUUACCUCGACUAGUAGAAUGCGAAGAGAAAUUGAAACACUUGGAAAAGAAGAGGGCUAACGAAGAGAGAACCAUGGCAAACCUUAGCAAAGAGAAAGCGGCGAAGGAAAAGGAACUAGUCACGCUCCGCCGACAAUUAUCCGUUGUAACGGAAGCUCGUGAUAAUUUUUACGCCAAGCAGCAAGCCAGCAACCGCAACAUAUCAAUUUCCGAAGAUAAGCUCAAAGAAUAUCAAGCACUUAAAGCGAAGAGUGCCAACGAGUGUCCUAAAGAACACGAACUCAUCAAAACCAUAAACCGAGAUCUCAAAACAAAAACUUUCAAACUGACUCAAUUAGAAGAUCAACUGGAACAAACUCAAACUCGUUAUAAAAAAUUGGACCUGGACCAUGAUACCCAAACAAACAGAAAAACCAUGACCGAAAACAAAAUCGAUGGCGUGCUUCGCGAGCUGAACAAGAAGAGAAAGCAGCUUCAUGACGUGCAAGCGGAAAGGACCCGACAAGCUCAAACAGCAACUGAGCUCAAAGAAAAACUUCAAGAUUGUUUGAAAAAGAUCAGCGAGGCUGGUGCUGCUCAACGUGAGACUGAUACGGAAGCCCGCAUCCGAACCAUGGUCGAAAAGCUGCGCAAAAUCUUCCCAGGUGUCAGCGGUCGUCUACAAGACCUGUGCAGCCCGGUAGCCAGAAAGCAUGAUGUGGCUAUUCGAAUUGUUUUGGGUCGGAAUCUAAACGCUGUUGUUGUCGACUCCCAAAAGACUGCAUUUGAAUGCGUCGAGUAUCUUAAAAUUCAACGUUUGGGUUCAGCCUCGUUUAUUCCUCUUGAUACCAUCAAAGUGAAUCCCGUAAACGAACGUCUUAGGAACCUGGCAACAGGCGCUCGGCUGGCUAUUGAUUUGAUCAAACAUGAUCCCAUCUAUGAGAGGGCUGUGCAGUACGCUUGUGGAAAUACAAUUAUUUGUGAUUCUACACAAGUUGCUCGACAUGUUGUCUAUGACAAGGGGAAUGAGGUUAAGGCUGUUUCGCUGGAUGGUACUGUGAUUCACAAAGGUGGAAACAUGAGUGGGGGAGUCACUGGCUUAGAUAAUUCGCGCAAAUUUGAUGAGCGAGAAGUCCAGGGUUUGAAGCGAGCGCAAGAAGAUAUUUUGGCUAGAAUAAAGGCUAACAGCAACAAUUCCCCGCGCGAGAACGAUGAGGCAUUACUAGCGGACAUCUCUCGAUUGGAGGAAACCCUGGCAUUCCUCAAGGAUGAUCUGCUAGCAAGUGAAACUACCCUUGCCGGUAUUAAGGGUGAACUUGAAGUGUUGAGUCAAAAGAAGGACGAAAAGGCUAAAGCAGAAAUAGAUGCGAUAAAAGCCGAACUAAACUCGCUUAAAGAAGCGCAGAGUGCAGUUAAUCGUGUGGAAGACAAAAUAUUUGAAUCAUUUUGUCGAUCCAUCAAUGUUGAAAAUAUUCGAGAUUACGAAGGUCACCAUUUGCAGCUUCAACAGCAGAAUAGCGUCGAGCAAGAGCGACUUGAAACUACUGUGUCAAAGCUACAACACCAGAUCAAUUUCGAGACGGAACAACUCGAGGGCCUAGUUGAACGCCAGGUCACCGUUCAAUCCUCGUCGGAGAAAACUCUCAAGACUCUUGACAGUAUGUCUACCAAAAAACAGCAAGUUCAAAAUGAGAUGAAGGGGAUCGACGAAGAAAUCUCACAGUUGAGCGCUCGUCACGAAGAUUUGGUCCAAGCCCAAUCGCAAAAAUCGGUCAUUGUUUCAGAAACGAAGAAGGAAUUGUCGAAAGCGGUUAAAGUCUUGGACGCAACUAUGAGAGAUAUCAACGGAUGGAAUGAUGAAAUCGAAAGGCUUGUGUCCGAUCGAUUAAAUAUCUUCCGACGAUGUAAGUUAGAAAGCAUAUCACUGCCUAUCCUCGAGGGAUCGUUGCUGCGAAUUCCCAUGGACGAAGUCGUCAGAGCUACCCCGGUGGGGGACGAAGCCUCGAGUGAGGUUACACCUCGAGCAGUGGACCCCAGAGAUUAUGGUAUCAAAAUUGAUUAUGCCAAGUUGGAUGACGAAGAGCAAGAGAACUCUGGCUUUGAGUUAGAGCAGCAUUUCCUGGACAGACUCGUACGGCUGAACACGCAAAUCGAGGCCAUGGUUCCCAAAACGAGAGCUUUGGAAAAGUUGGAAGAAGUCGAGAAUCGAUUGAGGGAUCACGAUCAAGAAUUUGAAGCGGCUCGCAAACUGGCGAGGUCCACCAAGGACGAAUUCACCGAGAUUAGAAAUAAAAGAGUGAAUCUGUUCAACCAGGCCUACAACCACAUUAAAAACGAAAUCCAUGAAGUUUACCGGGAGUUAACCGGAGGGGAUUCCAACGACGGAAGAGUGGCUAAUGAGCGGGGGUUCUCAAAUGAUGGAAAGGCAUAUCUAGAACUGGAUGACUUCGAAGAACCCUAUCUGCACGGAAUUAAGUAUAGCACUAUGCCACCUGGAAAGCGCUAUCGAGACGUCGAGCAAUUAUCAGGAGGAGAGAAGACAAUGGCGGCGCUGGCGCUUCUAUUUGCAAUACACAGCUACCAGCCAUCGCCUUUCUUUGUUCUAGACGAAGUAGACGCAGCGUUGGAUAAUACGAAUGUCAGACGGAUUGCGGAUUAUGUUCGAAAGAAAUCAGGAGAAUCGGUUCAAUUUGUUGUCAUCAGUCUGAAAGGUACUUUUUACGAAAAAGCAUCUGGCCUAGUUGGGAUUUAUAGGGAUAAUGAAUGGGGUGGGACUAAGAGUUUGACUUUAGAUCUGGACCAAUAUGGUGAUUAA